GGUACCGAGCAUCUGACCAGUAUCAGGACUCGUUCUCGGAUUUGGCCGAUUCGAUCUCGCAGUUCGUUCAUAAUAAUACAACGCAUUGGCAGCUGCCAACCGCCCAUAGACACCCCUGAUCGACAACCUCGUUCGGAAGAGGAGAUCACCACCUGGGACUGUUUUACAAGCUACUUCCUUCACCAUGUCUGAAGCCCGAUCACCCUCUAUGCAACCCUCCCACCCGGACCCUCUUACCGACCGCCUCCCUUCCGAUCACAACCGAGAUGAAGUAGAGACCUCGGAAGCCCCCUUUCAAUCCAUCGCCCUUCCCAGUGGGAUCCCCAACCCGAGUGCAAUCGGAGCAGCCUCGGCUCCAUAUGCACAGACGGGGCCAGAGGCGAGGGAUCUGGAUGGCGUAGCGGAAAAGUCUAGCGUCACAGCUGGACAUGCUGGGACGGGCUUGCAAAAGGCGGAUAUGAGCGUGGAAAAGGAAGCUCUGGGGAUCGUACCUACCUCUUCCAUCUCGAAAUCGUCAGAAAAGGAGAAGCACACCAAGGACGACGAGAACGUCAGCGAGAAACCUAAAAAGAAGGGAAUAUUCGGUCGCAAGAAGAAGGACCAGACGGUUGUCGAGACCAACGCUACGGGGCUCAAAGAAAAGGCCGAGGUCCCGCCGGUCUCGCUUUUCACGCUGUAUAGGUAUCACACCAAGAUGGAACGCACGGCGAAUGUUUUGGGAUUGGUACUAGCUGCUGCGGCGGGCGCGACACAGCCUCUGAUGACUCUGAUUUUCGGUCGACUCACCACCUCGUUCACCAACUUUACCCGAGUGCUCCUCGAAGGCAAUGACCCCGCCGCCAUCGAUCAAGCGAAAGACACCGUCCUUCACGAUUCCGCACUGAACGCCUCUUACCUCGUCUACAUCGGUCUCGGCAUGCUCGUCUGUACUUACGGAUACAUGGUCAUCUGGCAGAUAACCGCCGAGUUGGCUUCGAGGAGGAUCAGAGAGAGGUUCUUGAAAGCCACUUUGACACAGGAAAUCAGUUUCUUUGAUGACUUGGGCAGUGGAGAGGUGGCUACCAGGAUCGAGAGUGAUACGCAUUUGGUACAUACCGGGUUGGGAGAAAAGGUGCCCACGUCGGUUCAGUACAUCUCGACCUUUUUGACCGGUUUCAUUCUUGCUUUCGCCAAAUCUUGGAGAUUGGCUCUUGCGACGUCGUCUAUGUUGCCUGUCAUCAUGGUCGCUGGUGCCAUCAUGGGGAAGACCAUGACGAAAUUCACUCAAAACGCCUCGACGUACAUCGCCGACUCUGGUUCCCUUGCCGAAGAGGUCUUUUCCUCCAUCCGUACUGCUCAGGCCUUUGGCGCACAAAAGACCCUAGCCGACCUGUUUGACGCGUACGUGAAAAAGGCCUCUGUCGUCGGGAUCAAGGGAGCGAGGAUCUCGAGUUUGGGUUUGGCCAUCAUGUUCUUUGUCAUCUACUCUGGAUACGCGUUGGCUUUCUUCUAUGGUGCGAUCUUGAUCAACCAAAAUCGUGCGGACGCCGGUACCGUCAUUACGGUCUUCUUGAGUAUCCUGAUCGGUAGUUUCAGCAUGGCCAUGUUGGCACCUGAACUUCAAGCCAUCGGCAAAGCUCGAGGCGGAGCUGCCAAACUGUUUGCGGUCAUCGAGAAGCCUUCUGCGAUCGACAGCGGAAGCGAGGAAGGUCUCAAGCCCGAGACUUGCCGAGGCUCGAUCACGUUCGAGAACGUCCGCUUCAACUAUCCGUCCAGGCCUGACGUGCCAAUUUUGAAGGGUUUGAGUACAACUUUCGAAGCGAACGAGACUACCGCUUUAGUCGGAGCCUCUGGAUCUGGGAAGAGCAGCACCAUAUCUCUCAUCGAGCGAUUCUACGAUCCCCUAUCCGGGGUUGUCAUGCUCGACGGCCGCGAUAUCAGGACGCUCAACGUUAAAUGGUUGCGAACGCAAAUCGGACUUGUAUCCCAGGAACCCGUACUCUUUGGCAUGACCAUCUUGAAGAACAUCGAGACCGGUCUCAUCAACACGCCUCAUGAGAACGCUUCGCCCGAGGUCAAAUUCGAGUUGAUCAAGCAAGCCGCCGAAAAAGCAAACGCCCACGAGUUUAUCAUGGCCCUGCCCGAGCAAUACGAGACCGAUGUGGGUCAAGCCGGUCAUCUGCUUUCGGGAGGUCAGAAGCAGCGUGUGGCCAUCGCUCGAGCUAUCGUCUCGAAUCCUCCCAUCCUGCUGCUGGACGAGGCUACCAGUGCCCUGGAUUCCCGAAGCGAGAGAGCUGUGCAGGCGGCGCUCGACGAGGCGGCUAAGAACAGAACCUGUAUAGUCGUCGCCCAUCGCCUCAGUACGAUCCGUGAUGCCAAUAAAAUCCUUGUUGUCGGCGCGGGUGAGAUCAUCGAACAGGGGACUCAUAAUUCGCUUCUCGAGUUGGAGGGAUCAUACCACGGAAUGGUACAGGCCCAGAAAUUGCAACAAGAGGCUGAAAAGGCUGCGGUGGAAGAGGACUCGGACUCGGACGAUGCUGCCACCUCCCAGGCAUCGGAAGUCAAGCGCGUUCAGUCCAGGCGGUCAGAAAUCGUGGAGAAGCCUAUUUUGGACCGCAGGAGCACCCGGCAGAGUGUCGCAAGCGAGGUUCUCGCGGCCAAACGAGCCGAAGAGGGCGAGACUCGAGAGAACACCAAGCUCUACAGUCUCUUUUAUCUUGGCAAGCGAUGCUACAAGAUCAACCGAGAAGGCAAAUGGCAAUACCUCCUCGGUUUCUUUGCGUCUAUCUGCACCGGUGCAGUCUACCCCGCUCUUGCCGUCCUUUUCGGAAAGGCGAUCAAUGACUUUUCGCUGAGGGGCUCCGAGUUGACAAGCGCUACCAACCGCAACGCCCUGUGGUAUUUUAUUGUGGCUAUCCUCGCUGCUAUCUCGAUCUGGGUGCAACAAGUCACACUCACGGCCCAGGCGGAACACCUUACCGGAAAGCUUCGAACCCUCUACUUCAAGGCUCUCAUUCGACACGAUAUUGCCUUCUAUGACGAGGACGCCAACACGACCGGAGCUCUUACCUCUUCGCUCAGCGACAAUCCUCAGAAGGUGCAAGGUCUUGCCGGUGUAACGCUGGGCACAAUAAUCCAAUCGAUCUCGACCAUUGUCGUUGGAAUGAUCUUGGGGUUGGCAUAUGGACCGCUCCUCGCCCUCAUCGGUAUCGCCUGCAUUCCUCUACUCGUCUGUGCUGGAUACAUUCGUCUGCAUGUCGUCGUGCUCAAGGACCAAAAGAACAAGAAGGUGUACUCCAAAACGGCACACAUGGCUAGUGAGGCUGCCGGAGCCAUCCGCACUGUCGCUUCGUUGACUCGAGAGGAAGACUGUUGCCGAGAAUACCAUGACGCGUUACAAGGACCCACCCAAUACUCGAUCAAAUCGGCUCUCAAGGCCAACCUACUCUACGCCGUAUCGCAGGCCCUGAGUUUCUGGGUCAUCGGUCUCGUUUUCUACGUUGGAAGUCGUUGGUUGGCAUCGGGUCGUUACUCGACUCAACAGUUCUUCACGGUCCUCAACUCGGUUGUCUUUUCUGCCAUUCAGGCCGGAAACGUCUUCCAGUUCGUGCCAGACGCAUCCAAGGCCAAGCAGAGCUGCACUACCAUGCUUCAGGCGAUAGACCACCUUCCCGAGAUCGAUGCCGAAUCGGACGAAGGCAAAGUUCUCACUCGAGAGCAGGUAGUCGGAAACAUGACCUUUGAGAACGUGCACUUUCGGUACCCCACCCGGCCCGGCGUUCGCGUGUUGCGAGGUCUCGAUCUCGAGAUCCCUGCUGGAAUGUCGGUCGCUUUGUGUGGCGCUUCUGGUUGCGGUAAAUCCACGACGAUCGGUCUCGUUGAGCGGUUCUACGACCCCUUGAGCGGUGCCGUCACGCUCGACGGAGUCAACCUCGAGGACAUGAACAUCAACUCGUUCCGAAGCCACAUGGCUUUGGUCAGCCAGGAGCCUACCCUGUACCGCGGUAGUAUCAGGUUCAACGUCUUGCUCGGCGCGAACAAACCGGCCGCUGAAGUUACGGAGGAAGAGCUGAUUCAGGCUUGCAAGGAUGCCAAUAUCUACGACUUUAUCGUCAGCUUGCCCGAUGGCUUUGACACGCUCGUGGGUAACAAGGGAUCGCAAUUGUCUGGAGGACAGAAGCAGCGAAUCGCUAUCGCCCGUGCCUUGAUCCGAAAUCCCAAGAUCCUCUUGCUUGAUGAAGCCACCUCUGCUCUCGAUUCUCAGAGCGAGUUGAUCGUUUCCCAAGUUCUGGAUCGAGCUCGUCGAGGGCGAAGCAGUCUGAUCAUCGCUCACCGAUUGUCGACUAUCCAGAACUGUGAUAUCAUCUGCUUUUUCAAGGAUGGCAGGAUCGUGGAAAAAGGAUCCCAUCAGGAGCUGUUAGCCCUCCAUGGAGGUUAUUACGAGUUGGUGACCAUGCAGACGCUGAGCAAGCAAUAAAGGGGCCGUACUUCCGAGAUAUAAUGUUUUGGGUUAGGGGUUUAUAGUACUUAGGCAAAAGUAUACAUGAUUUCAAUGUGUGAUACGUUUCACGGCAUAAACCAUGACGACAGUGACUGUACGG